AUGCAUCGUCAUGGUUUGCCAUCCACUAUCACCGUGGACAUAAGAGAUUCACAAAAGGUCCUCUUGCCUGGUCCACCCACUCCAGCCUCUCGAAACUCGAAUGUUCCCAAUUUCUCGAGAAUCUUGACAAUACACGCUAAAGGCUCAGAUCCAACAAUCAAGAGGCGAAAGAAGCCUGAGCAAGCAGUCAUGAGAAACCCUUCCAGACUGUCAACUGUGAAGAGAUGGGAUGCUCAAUCUCACAAGUCCGCUGACUGGGAUGGUCUUCGACGGGACCAAGAGCUUUGGCAACAGGAUGGCGAUUGUCUUGUGCAUCUUUAUGGCCAAGGAAAAUCAAAGAGAGGUGCCUCCUUCAAGACAUCCUAUGCUUUGGUGGAAGCAAUGGCUGGCCCAUCGUUUCUUAACAGAUAUAUGGCAUUAGACUCAAAUUCGUGCAACGAGAGCCUUGAUGGCACAACAUCAAGCACUUCGUCAACACAUGCCGAGUAUGAGUUGUUCAUUCCAGCUCCCGACGACGCACUCCGAGAAGAAGCUUACCGCUGGCAUAUCGCUACCCGGAAUUUCUUUGCAUAUAUUGCUAACAAGCCGCUGGUCGGAUCUAAGUUGGGGAAGACUCUCAUUGACCUUCUGGAACGUAUGGAGCUGUUCUGCUCUGAUAAAACCAGCAACCUCCAGGACUUUUUAUCAUACGCCCGUGAACAGGGUUAUCUGAAAUUUAUCAACCGACCGGACUAUGCACUGGCUUUUCUCAAUUUUGCCGAGAAGUUCAGAUUGAAAGAUCUCUGGAUUGAUGCCUUCGCUCAUUGUGUCGGUAUGAACGACCAACUUGAUCUAAGUACGGACUUCAGCGAUGUGAGCAAAACGACAAAGGCUCUGAUCACGCGAUCGUAUCUGGAGAUGGAUCUGCACUUGGGUCGAGUAAGCAAAGCCUUGCGAAAUUUCUUGGAGGAUGAGCUCGCCCCUACACAUUUGGGACUACCGGCGCCUGCCCGAAAUCACCUGGAUCGCUUCCGCUCUUUUCUGCACUCAUUUUAUGUCAACAAGUUUGGAUACUGGCCGCCAGAAACUGGUCACGUCAUGGACAAGGGUCUUUUGCGAAGCAUGCACCAAGAGUUCCAGAUGCUAUACAACUAUCUAGUUGACGGCGAAUCUUCUCCAAGCCGACUACUGACUGGAGGUAUUUGUGUGGUGCAAAAUGUCGAUGCGUUCAACAGCCGCCACAGAUACGAGCCAUUGCCGCAUUCUUGCCCUCUGCUACCUGACUACCACAGCCUUGAAUACAGAACGUCAUCACAGAAGGGUCUUCGAUCAUUGAGGUUGACUUCAAAGUCCAGCAAAGCGGACCAGAGCGUAUCAGCACGAGCUGCACUGUCCGCUGCGACAAACAAAAUUCCGUCUAGCUCAGCGCUCGUGCGAAACUACAUAUACUUCGAGAGCGAGCUGACCUUCAGGCCGGAAGAGAAGCUGUCAAUUGGUGAUGCACGAAAGGUCCGAUGGCUUGCCAUCUACACCAUCUUGCAAAUGCUUACCAAUGCGAUACGUGCUCCUAAGGAAGUGAGAGAUGCGGAUGCCGUGCCAUAUCACCUCUGCUUGUUGACCACAGGCAUGCCACCAUGGACCGAUGACAUGAAGACUCCUACUGCUUUGUCUUCGCAGGCGACACCAACUAAGACUGAAGCAGAAGCUAGUGAUGAGCCUGCAUUCACAAUUGUUCCUGACUGCGAAGACAACGACUACUUCUCC